AUGCCGCCUAUAUCACUAACGGACAUCCUACACCGAACGUUUGUUGCCGGGCUUGCUGGUGUUUCAAUUUAUGGACUGUACCUUGGGGGAGCUGUACACAAGGAGAUUCUACGACGGGGAGAAGCCAGACGUGUUGCAGGUAUGGACUCGUUAAUGCAAUUCGGGUACGACCUUCUUGACAGGGGAGCUAUACCUGAUUUUUUGUUGAGACCAAUUGUUCGAGCGCUUUCGGAGCAGCGACUGAGAGAAAUAAACCAUGGUUCACUAGAAGCUAACCACGAAUCCAAGAUGCGUUGGAUUGAAAAGGUUCGAGCUAGGGAUGUGAUUGCCGACGAUGUCGACAAAGCCAACAAACAACACUAUGAAGUGUCCACCGAAUUCAUGAAAUUAUGCGUCGGGCCUCGGAUGAAGUAUUCAUCUUGUUUGUAUCCAACAGGAAAGGAGACUAUUGCACAGGCCGAAGAACUUAUGCUGGAAAGCUACUGCGAAAAGGCAAAAUUAUGCGACGGUAUUGAUAUUUUGGAUCUCGGAUGUGGAUGGGGUAGUUUGUCACUUUUCCUUGCAGAGAAAUACCCCAAUGCGAGAAUCACAGCAUUGUCCAACUCGGCCACUCAGAAAGUUCAUAUUGAUAGUGUGGCCAAGCACAAAGGCUUCAAAAACUUGACAGUUAUAACCGGCGAUGUUAACACGUACGAAUUUGAGGAAUCCACCAGGUUUGACCGUAUCCUAUCUAUUGAGAUGUUUGAACACAUGAAAAAUUAUGAGGUUCUAAUGAAAAAGGUAGCCAGUUGGCUAAAACCGAACUCUAAGGCGGCCUCCGGUGAAGCUCUAGUAUUUAUCCAUAUAUUUCUUCAUAAAACUACACCCUAUGACUUUGAAGAGGGAGAUGGAUGGAUGGCUCAAAACUUCUUUUCUGGGGGGACAAUGCCAUCUCUAGAUUUGCUUUCCUACUUCCAGACCGAUUUGAAACUCCAGAGGACUUGGUUCAUCAACGGCAGACAUGGUUACGCCCAAACUUCGGAGCAUUGGCUUCAACUACAGGACGCCAAUCGGGCAGCUGCGAUAGCUGAAUUAGAACGCGACGCCAAAGCACAAGGAUUUGAUGCCAGCGAAGGACGCAAGGCUUAUUACCGCUUUCGGACAUUCUUCCUUGCCGUGGCAGUUUUCUUCGCAAUGCAUCAUGGGGAAGAAUGGGGUGUGGGACACUUCUUAUUCGUGGGAAGGAAAUAA